CGGCCAAGGCGAGGACUUGCUGGCAACACGAUGCGGUCCCUGCUGCUGGUUACUUUCUCGGCGUGCGUGCUGCUGGCCCGGGCGCUGCUGGCUGGCGGUGCGAGUGGUGGCGGUAGAGACACCGGGCCAGGCAGCGGGCGCCGGCAGAGAGAGGCGCUGGCGGCUCAAAAGAUCGAGGUGCUUGUGCUGUUGCCCCGGGACGAUUCGUACUUGUUCUCGCUGGCCCGGGUGAAGCCGGCCAUCGAGUAUGCUCUGCGGAGCGUGGAGGGCAACGGCACCGGGAGGAGGCUUCUGCCUCCGGGCACUCGCUUCCAGGUGGCCUACGAAGACUCGGACUGCGGCAAUCGUGCGCUCUUCAGCCUGGUGGACCGCGUGGCGGCAGCGCGCGGCGCCAAGCCGGACCUCAUCCUGGGGCCGGUGUGUGAGUACGCGGCAGCGCCGGUGGCCCGGCUGGCGUCGCACUGGGACCUGCCGAUGCUGUCUGCAGGAGCGCUGGCCGCCGGCUUCCAGCACAAGGACACGGAGUACUCGCACCUCACGCGCGUGGCGCCUGCCUACGCCAAGAUGGGCGAGAUGAUGCUCGCCUUGUUCCGCCACCACCAUUGGAGCCGCGCUGCCCUGGUCUACAGCGACGACAAACUCGAGAGGAAUUGCUACUUCACCCUGGAGGGGGUCCACGAGGUUUUUCAGGAGGAGGGUUUGCACACGUCUGCCUACAAUUUCGACGAGACCAAAGACUUGGACCUGGACGACAUCGUGCGCUACAUCCAGAGCAGUGAGCGAGUGGUUAUCAUGUGUGCCAGUGGUGACACUAUUCGGAGCAUCAUGUUGGCGGUGCACAGGCAUGGCAUGACCAGUGGAGACUACGCCUUCUUCAACAUUGAGCUCUUCAACAGUUCUUCCUACGGAGAUGGCUCGUGGAGGAGAGGAGACAAACACGACUUUGAAGCUAAGCAAGCGUACUCAUCCCUCCAAACAGUCACCCUACUGAGGACCGUGAAACCUGAGUUUGAGAAGUUUUCCAUGGAGGUGAAAAGUUCUGUUGAGAAACAAGGGCUCAAUGAGGAGGAUUACGUGAACAUGUUUGUUGAAGGGUUCCAUGAUGCCAUCCUCCUCUAUGUCCUGGCUUUACAUGAAGUACUAAGAGCUGGCUACAGCAAGAAGGAUGGGGGGAAAAUCAUCCAGCAGACCUGGAACAGGACCUUUGAAGGUAUUGCCGGGCAGGUGUCCAUAGAUGCCAACGGGGAUCGGUAUGGGGACUUCUCCGUGGUUGCCAUGACUGACAUUGAAGCAGGCACCCAGGAGGUUAUUGGUGAUUACUUUGGAAAAGAAGGCCGGUUCAAAAUGCGAUCCAAUGUCAAAUAUCCUUGGGGCCCUUUGAAACUGAGAAUAGACGAAACCAGAAUUGCGGAGCAUACCAAUAGCUCUCCUUGCAAAUCAUCAGGUGGCCUAGAAGAAUCAGCAGUGACAGGAAUCGUGGUGGGGGCCCUACUUGGUGCUGGUUUGUUAAUGGCCUUCUACUUUUUCAGGAAGAAAUACAGAAUAACCAUUGAGAGGCGAAAUCAGCAAGAAGAAAGGAACAUUGGGAAACAUCGGGAACUACGCGAAGACUCCAUCAGAUCUCACUUUUCAGUGGCUUAAAGCCCCCUCUCUCUUUGUCUGCUUGAGAGAUAGAUGGAAGGAAGGACAUCAGUGGGACAGAAAGGGCAUUUGUGGAGAAUUCUUUGUUUUACGCAGUAGUCAUUUCACUUUAAAUUUCCUUUAGAAGCUCAGGAAUGAUUAUUAAUCACUAUCUGCCUCCAGGCCAUUCAUCUCAUGGCAAAUAUAUACAGAUAUGACGCCAUUCUAUUAGGUGUUCUGACUGUGGGAAGGGCAUAGGAUUAGAUUUAUGUUUUGAGUAUCUGGCGUCUCCAUAUCUUGAUGGCUUUGGGGGCCUUUCACACAAGGAUAUAAAAAUGUGGCUUUUCUGAAAGGAAAUGUUUUGUAGCUAGAAUAAAACACUUUUUACAAGUAGAAUAUUCUUGGAAAGAAUUUAACACCCAAUAAGAGGACAAUGGAAUGAAAACAAUCUCAAGGCUGAGAAUGCAGGUUUCCCCUCUCUGGAGCCAGUGGACAAGUUUGUGGUAGGCAAGGGCUGUGUCCAGUGUCUAUGUUCAGGUCUGACUUCAUAUCUCCAGAAAGCAUCCUCCCUGUCUCUUUCAGUGUCUCCAAAAAGCUACUCUGGAAAAUUGUAAAUAUUAAUGAGCUAGGAGGAUUUAUAUAGGAAAAGCAAGUCUAAAAUGUUUCUUUUAUGAUGUAAAAAAAAGCCCUACUUCACGCUAACAUUUUAUUUUUAAGUAUUUUAAUCUUAUAUUUUGGUAUUAGAAAUGUGUCUAUUUUUUCAUUUUGAAGAUUAAAUUUCACUUAUAUUUUAAAAGCAUGGAGGAAGUGUGUGACAAAUCCAUGGUGGUGAAGGGAUGGCCUCUCUUUCUCUGCUGUCCACUUUCCCUUGGCUGUGGCCAGAUACUCACUGCUGCUCUGACCACAGACAUCUAGAAAUAGAUUCAGUUUACAAACUCUACAGGGAUACAUUGAUGUUAAGCCAUUUUUCAUUUUUAAUUGUUUUAAAUACUGGAGGUCUCCAUCCCUUCUAAGUAUGGCCAAAUGAUUCACUUCAAAACUGAGAGAUGGAAGUCAGUAGAGUUAAGCAGAGGUGACACAGAAAUGCAAACCUUUCCCUCAAGAAGAAACGGGGUGAGAAUUUGACAGUGAAGCACAGAAAUGAUACAUUAAAAGGUAUGCAAUUUAUCAAAAUGUGGCUAAAAGAGGGAAUGUUGAUAUCUGCCGUGUCUCCUGAUCCCCACAGAAUUUUGCAGCCAACACGAAUCACCCACAGGGCAUUAGAAUAGUGCAUUGUGGGUAGGACUGAGUCAACUUUAGCUGGGUAUCCAAUUUGCAAUCAGUUCAGUGUACUGACUGAGGUUUAAAUUUGGGUUCCCACUUCAUUGUUUUGGGGACAGAACAAGGAUACUGUCCUGUAAUUAUGCUUUUCUUGGUAACAUUUAAGUAUCUGAAGCACAGUUUAAAGAGGAGAAAUAGCAUAAUUCCUUGGAGGCCAUAUUCACUCAGGUUAACAGAAGAGGAAAGUCUAGCGAACACAGAAAGUUCUGGAAGCUGUCUCAUGCUUGUAUCCCUGGGAAGGGCUACAUCACAUCUGAUUGCAUCCCACUUGAGUCAAAGUGAAUGGGCUGUUUCUGUGUGAGAUACACUUCUUUUUUAUGGUUCAGAAAAUGGGAUGCAAAACCAUGUAAUAAAAGGAUUAGCCAUGGACAACGGGAGAAACUACACCGUGGUUCUGCACUGGGGCUAUUAAAGGAAAAGUGUCCGACUUCAAAAAGAGUGAAAAAGUAGGUGAGAAAGGUAAAUUUCAAAAUUCUAAUGAAGGAGGAGAGUUUGUGAUAUAGAAGUCAGGAAAGCAGUAGUAGCUGACGGUUGGAAACUCACAUAACUAAAACAGAGCACACAGAUCGCAACCACUUCAGUUCUCUAAACAAGAGAGCUGAUCUCCCUCUUCUACGUUUCAAUCAUCUUUUCCAUACAUUUCAGAGAUACUCAGUUUCUAAUGUUUUGUUUUUGAACCUGCAUGUUAAUUACAGGAAGGUGAUGUUGGGGAAAGUUCUCUACUUGACUAUAUUCUUUGAUGUAAAUAUUUCAACCUUUCUUGAAUUUAUACAGUGGCCCAUUAAUGGCAGCAAAUAUCUUUUGUUUUUGCCUCAGCUUAGAGGAACUGUUACAAGUUUAAUAGCUCAUUCCCAGGUAAGGUGUUAAAGAUGAGAAAGGAGUUAGCCUUGUUAAAAAAAAAGCAGGAUGACUUAAGACAUCUCUGGAGUAUGGAGUCAUUUCUAGUAUUAUUAAGGUCAUUUACAUGUCUGCUGUGUAGUUUUUCUUUCUUAAACAUCUUCACAUGGUUAGGCAAGGUCUUUAAUUUCAGUACUUGAGAAGCAGAGUAGGUAAAUAUUUGUGAGUUUAGGACCAGCCUGGUCUACAUAGUGAGUUUCAGGUCAGCUGUAUUUACACAGUGAGACCCUGUCUCAGAAAAAUAAAUCUUCACAUGAGUUGCCCAAACUACUUUAAGUUUUGAAAACACCACUAAGCUGGCAAACCUUUGCUGAGAGUAUAGAUGUCAGUUCUGUGGUAGCUCUGGGUUAAGAACUCUUAAAUUCCUAACUGCUGAGCAACAGCUUUGACAACUAGUCAUUCAUAAUCUGCCAGUAGCCAACUAUUAUAUAACAAACUAAAUGGGGCUUUAGUUCUUAAGCCAGUCUAUACAUUUUUACUCUUAAAUCCAAUUAUUAAAGUUUCAAAGGGGGGUAUUUUACUAGUAUUUUUCUCAUCUAGUCAAAUACAAGUUCAUACACAAAUUAAAAUAAGCACAUAGUUACUGUGUUGGAAAUAAACACACAUUUUAUAGCCAACAUUAUUGUCUUAGAUUUGGGAGAGAAGACAAACUCAGAAAUAAAACUUUCUGUGUGUGUGGAGCUGUGUCUCUUCCACCCAAACAGAGGUGUUACAAGGAAUCCCUUCAGCACUAUAUUGCUCUUAAGAACCACUGGUGUGUCUUUUCCUGAACCACAGAUAUAGUUCCACAGGCCUUAAAAUAGUUCUCUACAUCUCAGGACUCAUGGGGAGAGGGAGAAUCCAAUGGAAUGGGAGCAGAUGCCCCCCUUUCCUUCUCCCAUGAGUGAAAAGCUUUGGAAUACCAAGUCACUUCCCCUGCUCACAGGCUUCCUGUGCCUUACUGAAGACACAUGCACCUUUUCUGUCCCUAACUUACCUCCUUCCUUCUGGUUGGGACAGAUUGUAGGGAUGUAAGAGGGCAGUGGGAAGUGAAAAGGGAGGCCUUGUGUAUCUCAGACAUACAGUGAGUGCUUUCCAAAGCCUUUCCAGUGGCACCAUUGUUUUCUGGAAGCUGAGCUACUUGUGCAGUUCUUUUUACACACACACACACACACACACACACACACACACACACACAGGCGCAUGCAAGAAAGAACAGUGUUUACAAAAAAGAAUAGUGUUUAUAAAUUGGAAAAAUACUAGUGCCUAUGUUUCUUGACACACAAAGAACUCAGAUCCCUAACAGAUGCAGCUUGGAAGGCAAAUGCCAAUUUGAAACUUGGUCCCUCUACCUACAUGUCAUGGAUUUUGUUUAGUUCCAUCUUGUGGUUCAGGACUUCAGAAGGAAGCUGAUAAUGAGCUGAAUUUCUCAUUCAGUGGAACAAAAGGAAACUGUCUAGAAACACAGAGUACUUUAUGGACAGCAUAGACAUAGAGAGAAUGAGUUGGUGGCACCAGAGAGACCGGUCUCUCUUCCAGUUGGUCUUUAGGACUGAAGAAUAAUGAACACUUCUGACCAUCUGCAAUAGCCAGUCUCAACAAGGAGCAUUGAACAUGCCCAGUGAGAAGAAUCAGGAGCUUAUUUCUCCCAAGGCGAUAGAGAGAAGAGCUUUGCAGCUGACACUGUCUCUACGGCCUUUCUUUCCAGAGCCCCACCUAGCAUCCAUCACGGCUCCAUAGAUGUGUCAGCACCUUUCCCAUGCAGGUGGGAGCUUGAGAGGAGGCCUCCACACUCACUCAGAGAAAAAGACAAAAUAGCACUGGCUGUGAGGAGGUAACUGACUUCUAACCAGAAGUCUUACAGUAACUUGGCCACACAUGGCCUUGGACAGUUCAAGUCUGAGAUUUUCAUAUACACUAGUGAGUCUUAGCUUUGGUUCUCAGCGUGCUGAUUUUUCAAAUGUCUCCUGCAGACCUAUAUGGUGAAAGUAACUCUCAAAAGAUGCUGGCUUGGAUGUUGUUCAAAUCUCUUUUUAAUCACUAAUGUUAACUUGUCCCAAACCCAGAAAGUGCAUUCUGAACCAGCUGAUGUUGGUGUUUAUGCUUUAAGUCACUUCAAACACAAUGAAAAGGAUUUCAGUGAGAGCUGAAUCUUGGAUGUAAAAAUUCACAUAUUACAAAAACUCUUAAGUGUGUCAGGUCUGAGAUGAUUCUUAGCAGAGAGAUUUGAACAAAUAGACCUUGGAGUUAAUAGAAAAAGUUACAUUUCUUUGAUUCAUAUUUAAAGACAUAAAUUUAUAUGCACAGGAACAAAGGGUCCAUUUACCAAGCAUGAAUCCCAACAGGCUGCCAAAUUCAUUUUUAUUUUCUAGAAUAAAGCUGUCGUAGUAUAUAACUAUUAUUGGAUAGAGCAGAAUUUAUUUGUACAAAGCAAGAAGAAAAUGUGGGGUUUGACAUGGAGUACCUUAUUCAUGAUUCAGUGCUUGUGUCUGAAAAUGUUCAAUGUUGUAUAGCAGAUAAGUCAUCAGUGAAGUGCCCUCAACAGGUCAGACGUGCUGUGGUUCUAAGAAUCAGAACUUUGUCCCCUUUGCAUAGCUGAAACAAGGGGGUCAUGAGCUAGGCAUUGCAGAGCGUCAAUCCUGGAGCCCAUGUCUUUUGAGCCAUAUUGUAAAUGGAUAAUUUAAAUACAGGACUACCAAAUAAAUACAAACCUACCGUGAAUCUGGUAGAAAAGUCAAAGCUGCACUUGCUACAUACAACUUGAUAUUCUAAUGUAAGUAGAGCUAUCUGCAUAUAAUGUGAUUUAAUUUAUUGUCAUUUUGUGUAGAAAGUGAGAAUUGAUGACUGUGGAUAUAGCCCUGUUUUGUAUAAUAUAUUUUAUUUCUGGUGCAAAACUGGUCACUUAAACAAUCUACUUCAUUUGGUGUUUGGACAUAAACGUCUGUGUUCUUGUAAACGUUUCUAUUAAGCAAGAAUACCGUGUAUUCCAAAUAUAACAAUAUAUUCUCAUUAAAAAUAUACUCUACAGAAA